AGGGCCUGUGAAAGUUUCUAAGCUAAUUAACAUGAAGGGAGGUAUCAAGUAUAAGUGGUGUGUUGGUGGAACUGGAGGGAGGUUCAGUGAAACAAGGGAAUGACAGAGGUGGACAUGCCAAUAAGGUUGGUAGUAAGGAAAAGAAGCCACCCGAGCAAAGUUUAACCCGCAAGCUGCGACGCCAUUAAGGGUUGAUAUCUAAAGCAAUUGGCAAAGGAUGCUGGACUGUCACCAUUUCCUGAAGUAGCUGAUAUCUCACCAGAAAUGGCAGCAGGAACUACUCACUUCAAUAACGUGUUAUGCAUCCUAAAGCCUUCAUUUCUUUCCUGUAGUUCCAGAGCAUCUGCUACUCACUUCAAUGCUCGCUUCCGUCUUCGUCAGAACUUGACUCUCGGAGCAUUGUUUUGCACUUGCACGGCCAAAAACAAUGCCCUCCCAAAAGAUGAGUCUCCAGAACCAUUUGUCAUUACAACCCCUCUUUACUAUGUCAAUGCGCCUCCCCACAUGGGUAGUGCUUACACCACCAUUGCUGCUGAUGCUAUUGCUCGGUUUCAGCGACUAUUAGGUAAGAAAGUUAUAUUCAUCACCGGCACAGAUGAACAUGGGGAAAAAAUUGCUGCUGCUGCCAUGGCCCAGGGUUCCUCCCCUCGUGAGCAUUGCGAUAUCAUAUCAGAGUCUUACAGAAGACUAUGGAAAGAUUUAGAUGUUGCUUAUGACAAAUUUAUAAGAACAACUGAUAACAAACAUGAAGCAGUGGUGAGGGAAUUUUACUCAAGGGUGCUUGCCAAUGGCGACAUUUACCAAGCUGACUAUGAGGGACUUUAUUGUGUCAACUGUGAGGAAUAUAAGGAUGAGAGUGAAUUGCUUGAUAAUCAUUGUUGUCCUGUGCAUCUUAAGCCUUGUGUUUCAAGGAAAGAGGCUAAUUAUUUCUUUGCACUGUCAAAAUAUCAAAGAUCAUUAGAAGAGCUUUUGAACCAAAACCCAAAAUUUGUGCAACCAUCAUUCCGUUCUAACGAGGUCCAAAGCUGGAUCAAAAAUGGCCUGAGGGACUUCUCCAUUUCCCGAGCAUCAGUUGAUUGGGGUAUCCCUGUUCCAAAUGAUAAGACUCAGACUAUAUACGUUUGGUUUGAUGCUUUGCUAGGUUACAUAUCAGCGCUAUCUGAUCCCAUGGAGCAGCCCGAUUUACUAAAUUCGGUUUCUUCUGCAUGGCCUGCUCAACUACAUUUGAUUGGGAAGGAUAUUCUGCGCUUCCAUGCAGUUUAUUGGCCAGCUAUGCUAAUGUCUGCAGGAAUGAGCCUUCCCAAGAUGGUGUUUGGUCAUGGAUUUUUGACAAAGGAUGGGAUGAAGAUGGGCAAGUCAUUGGGGAAUACGCUUGAGCCGAAUGAUUUGGUUAACAAAUUUGGGACAGAUGCUGUUAGAUACUUCUUCCUUAGAGAGGUGGAAUUUGGAAAUGAUGGGGACUAUUCAGAGGAACGCUUCAUCAAUAUUGUUAAUGCACAUCUUGCCAAUACAAUUGGAAAUCUUCUUAAUCGGACCCUAGGACUUCUAAAAAAGAACUGUGAUUCUACUUUAAUUGUUGAUUCCACUACUGCGGCAGAAGGAAAUGCAUUCAGAGACAAUAUAGAGAAGCUGGUUGAGAAAGCUGGGAUUCACUAUGAGAAACUCUCAUUGUCAUCAGCUUGUGAGGCUGUGCUUGAGAUUGGGAAUGUUGGUAAUUCCUACAUGGAUGAGCGUGCACCAUGGUCUCUUUUUAAGCAAGGGGCUGCCGCUUCAGAAGAAGCUGCCAAGGACCUUGUGAUUAUACUGGAAGCUGUGAGGAUCGUUGCGGUUGCGCUAUCACCCGUGGCUCCAAGCUUGAGUUGGAGAAUAUAUGCUCAGCUUGGCUAUUCCAGGCAUCAAUUCGAUGCGGCAACCUGGGGAGACACUAAGUGGGGUGGGCUAAAGGGUGGCCAGGUCAUGGCUCAACCUAAGCCAGUGUUUGCUAGGAUUGAAAGUCAAACUGAGAUGGAGGAUAAGGGGACAACAGCUGAGAAGACGGUGAAGAAGACUAAACGGAAGAUGACGCAGCCUCAAGGUGUUGCAGAAGCUUAGACUAGUCAGAAUUGUCAUUUUUCCAUUUGUUUUAUUGACGCCAUUAUCUCUUGCCAAUGUUUCUUGGUAAAGUAUUCCUCGUCUUAGAUAUAAAAGCCAAUUAAGAAGUUAAUUUUAAUUUUAAAUGUAAAACCUUAAUUAAUUUUAUACAUCGUAUUUACUAUUUCUUAUCAAACUAAUUUAUCUAUCUUAUAAAAUGAUAUAUUAUGUCACAUAGAACUAUUUUGAA